UAGAAAUUGUUUUAGUUUAAUUGCCCACAUAGUUGAUCCCGAAGAAGCAGAAAGAGAGAAAUAUUAUUUUCUAGCAGUUUAAAUUGACAAUUUAGCAGUUUAAAUAAUUGUUAUAGACAACGAUGACAUUUGGCCAAAGAUCAUAGUUCGGGAGGAUGAUCGAAAGAGUAAAAUUACUUCAAGCAAAAAGCACUUAGAGUAUGAAACAGGAGGAAGGUUUAACUGUCGUGUCCACAUCAAACGAUGGUUUCGAAGACCAUUAAGGCGUUCCACCUUCCUGCUUAAACGAUUUCCUAUAAUUGGUAAGAAUAACGAUAAUGGUAACGCAUGUGCGAGCGAAAAAAAAAAAAAAAUAUUAUUUACUUAGCACUUCCUUUUAUGGCAAACCAUUUAAUAAAUGACCUUGAUAGUAACAAUAUUUUAAUUAUUGUGACGUACGCUCGAUACUUUAUUAUUAUUGACCAUUAUUACUUAUAAUGAAAUGUUAAAGAAUUACCGGUGACAUUUAUCGACCUUUCCGAAGAGAAUGCUUCAAAGAAAGACAAUUUUAAUCUUCUCUUGUCUCGUCUCGUUCGUAAUUAUUAUCGGUUCGAUAUACAAAUUCAAAGCUCAUCCUUACCUUGCCGAUUUCUACGAAAACAAAAUUGAUCCAAUAUUAAAUCUGUUAUACGAUUAUUGCCAAUAUAUCCUGAAUAUCGUAAAAAUGCUGAUAGAUAUAGCUGGAGAAGCCUUUUUAAUUCUUAGUAAAAUAAUCAUCUUCGUCUAUCGCUUAGUGGAUGCAUCGAUAGACGUGGUUUCCGACUGGGUCAUAAAAGUUUCGGAUAGAUUUAUAUUGAAACUAUCGAGUAUAAAAAAUUGGAAUAAGAAGAAAACCAAGCUGGAUCUAAUUCAAAAAUGGAUUUACCAAAACAUCCAAUAUUUAGAAUCGUUAAUUCGAGGAAGCAAAUGUAAGAAAUGGGAAAAUUUAGAGAUAUUCGAAACGAUCGAGUAUAUCCAGUAUACUAGUAGAAAAAUUCGAAGAAUUUAUAAAUAUAGAAAUGAAAAAGUAUGCGGAUGUUGGGAAAUUUUGAAUCCCAAUUGUUGGAUAUUUAUAAUAUUUAGAUGGUGCGAUAUACCUCAAUACGAAAUAAGAACAACUUUCCCCUUUCUGAUGCGAUCAAUUUUACUAACAGUUUCUAUUCAACUCUUCAUUCGAUGUCUGUGGGUGGGAUCGUUCCCUUAAAAAUGUUCAAUUACCGACUUACUUCAGUUUAAUUAACUUUAUAUCCGUUAAAUAAAUAAUUUUGUCGUUAAUUGUAUUAUUUUACUUCAUUAAAUAUUUCUAUGCCCACGACAUCUUAAAAGUGUUGUUGUAAUGAAAGUUAAAAUUAAAUAUUUUUGCAAAAAACUUCGA